AUGUGUGUGUACUACAUGGCUCUCAAAGACAAAUACCAUCUACCGGAUGCUUCACGAAACUCCCCUGGUAUGACAGUGGAUGCCGAGCUCCUGGAAGCCAGAGGAUCUGCACUGUUCAAUGCGAUCCAAUUGUGUACGGCAAUCUCACACGGCUGCACCGCUGAUUCGGUGAGGAAAUAUCUGGAGCACUAUCGCAACGACAAGGAGGAAGUCCAGGAAAUAGUCGAUCAGGCUACGCCCGUCCUCUACUACGCCAUUGGAAGGAACUCGCCUGAGCUGGUCAACGUCCUUCUAGAUUAUGGUUUCAAUCCAGAGGGUUGCACUGACGCGACGCACUUCAUUCCGGCGCUUGCUUUUGCGGUCAUCCAUGGUCAUAUCUACCUACAUGAUACGACCACGAUCGUAAAGCUAUUACUUGCGGGUGGCGCUGAUCCCAAGACAAUUCCUCAGGACAUGUGGCAGAACUACCUGCGGAAACCUCCGGAGACCUGGUCAUCUCAGGAAAACGAAAAGGCUUCGCCCCUUACGUGGUGCGACCCGUCUACCCGAGCCAUUCUGGCACGCGGCCUCAAUCUCACCCAGCGUUAUUAUCUUCACCGAGCCAGUUUGAUCCAGCCAUUCGAAGUCAGAGAAUUACAAGCCGCCAAACUCUUACAGGUGCAUGGUCUUCUAAAGCUCCCCUAUCAUAUCGUCGGCCAACUUCCUGUGCUUCACGACUUGCAGCAGCGGAUAUUCAACCAGAUAGCCGCAAACCAAGAUGGUCCAAAGCCUUUCGUUAUGGUGUUUGCUGGCCCUCCAGGACACGGGAAGACUGAGCUCGCUGACAGGUUGGGAGAUCUGCUACGUGUCAAAUCCGAAACGAUCUCAUGUUCGCAAAUGCACUCCGACAUUGAGCUCCUGGGCUCGAAAGAAGCCUAUCAACGCUCAUCGCAGGGCUCCAGGCUCAAUAAUCUCCUGUCAGAUAACACUGGCAAAUGUACGGUGGUCUUCCUCGAUGAGUUCGAUAAGACGUCGCAAGAAGUCUGUGACGCGAUUCUAGACACUACGGAAGACCGAAAGAACAAUCGUAAGGUCGACUGUUGCAAGACUAUCUGGGUACUAGCGAGCAACUUGGGUCAAGCGGAGAUCAAGUCGUACUACGAACGAAAACUCAAGCACCUGACAGACGAGGAGAAGCAGGGCGCCAAUCUAGCGCCCCUCGUGCGCAAUCUCAAGGAUAUCUUCGAAGGCCGCUGGGGAGACGCAUUCGCAUCUCGCAUCAACAGAAUCGUCCCGUUCUUCCCCUUCUCGCAUGGUGAGGCAGCCGUCGUAACGCACAAAUUUCUCCUCGACGACGCGGCGAAGGUUCGCAAGAAUAUUGAUCUGCGCCCAGAAGUCCUACGGCACAUGGGCCACUGCCACAUCAGCUAA